AUGGUUGUAUUGUUGUUGAUCUCUCUUUUGAUAUCUUCCAGAAGUAUUUUUUAUGUUUUUGGGUGCUCCUGCUUUGGGUAUGUAUAUAUUUACCAGGAUUAUAUCCUCUUCUUGUAUCUAUCCCUUCAGUAUUAUGAAGUGGCCUUCUUUAUCUUUGUUAUGGUCUUCAAUUUAAAGUCUAUUUUGUUAGAUAUAGUAUUUCUACCCCAACUUUUUUUUCAUUUCAAUUUGCCUGAAAAUUAUUUUUCCAUCCCUUCACUUUUAGUCUCUGUGAGUGCCACAUAUUGGGUCACAAGCAAAGUCUCUCCAAAUUCAAGAAGAUUGAAAUCAUAUCACACAUCUUCUGAGGUUUGCAGGUUGCUAUGGCAUCUAGACCCAACAUGA